CCUCGCUCCGUUGCACAACCAACUCUUGCUCCUCUCCAUCUCUGUACAUCUCAUCCGUCUUGCACGAUGGGCGGAGAAACACACAACACCAACACAAUGACCUCAUCGACAGCUCAAUACCCACAGCUUGCCGCUCGUCCCAAAGGCAAGCUGAUCCACGACAUCUAUCGCGAUCGCUUGAACCAAUUCACCUCAGGUGGCCAAUACAAAGAACAAGGUCUCCUAGGCAAAAUCUACAAUGGCCGACUCGGCGAGGAUCACGUCCACCUAUCCGUCUGGUCCGCACCCGACCUCACACGCCCCACCUUCGCCGAAGCUACCGAUUCGGAGAACACUUACAAAAAGACACGCAAAGGCGAGAGCUUUGGCCCCAGUUGGAGCACGCAUUGGUUCAGAGUCGAGUUUACUGUUCCUACAGAAUGGAAAGAUGAAGAACGAGUCGAGUUACACUGGGAUUCCUCCAGUGAGGGGUUGGUUUGGACACAUGAUGGCAAGCCAUUGCAAGGGUUGACCGGCAAUGGCGAGAGGAUCGAGUGGAUUGUUCCAGAUAGCUAUCGCACAGGAAAGGAAGAGACGAUCUAUAUUGAAAUGGCGUGUAAUGGGAUGUUUGGCAAUCCCACUGGCGGUGAUACCAUCCAGCCUCCAGAUCCGAACCGAUAUUUCCGAUUACAGUUGGCGGACCUGGUGAGCGUGAAUUUGGAUGCGAGAGCAUUGUUCUAUGAUUUCUGGAUCUUGGGCGAUGCGGCUAGAGAGUUCCCGCAAGAUUCGUGGGAGGAACAUCGCGCGUUGACGAUUGCGAAUGAGGUGAUUGACGCGUUCAUUGCUGGCAAUGGGUCAAAAGAGGCGAUUAAAGAAUGCAGGAAGAUUGCGAAGAAAUAUGUGGGCGACAAGGUGGAUGGACCGGAGGUGUAUGAGUUGACGGAGAAGGAUCCGUUGAGAGAGGUGUUGGUCUCCGGAAUUGGACACUGCCAUAUUGAUACCUGCUGGCUGUGGCCUUGGGCGGAGACAAAGAGGAAAGUCGUGAGGAGUUGGAGUAACCAGUGUGACCUGCUGGAUCGUUACCCGGAGCAUCGAUUCUGUGCUAGUCAGGCACAGCAGUACAAGUGGCUGGAAGAGUUGUACCCUUAUGCCUUCGACCGCGUCAAGAAUCAUGUGAAGAAGGGCAACUUUCAGCCCAUUGGUGGCAGUUGGGUGGAGCACGAUACCAAUAUGCCUUCUGGAGAAUCACUGGUUAGGCAGUUCUUGUAUGGGCAGCGAUACUUUGAGUCGAGAUUUGGCCAGCGAUGCAGGACGUUCUGGCUUCCAGACACGUUCGGAUACUCGUCGCAGAUCCCUCAGCUCUGCAGGCUCGCUGGCAUGAAUCGCUUCUUCACUCAAAAGCUGAGCUGGAACAACAUCAACAACUUCCCCCACACCACUUUCAAUUGGGUCAGUCUCGAUGGCAGUCAGGUCAUAUGCCACAUGGCACCUUCGGAGACGUACACUGCGGAAGCACACUUUGGCGACGUAAAGCGGUCAGUCACACAGCACAAGAGCAUGGAUCAAGAUCCUACAUCUCUGCUUGUGUUCGGUAAAGGUGACGGAGGUGGAGGCCCAACAUGGGGCCACAUUGAGAAGCUCCGCAGAUGUCGCGGUAUUGCAGACAAUGUCGGACUCCUGCCUCGUGUGCAUAUGGGCCGAAGCGUCGAGGACUUUUUCGAUCGCCUGGAGAAGAACGCAGCAACCGGCAAGACGGAGUUUGUCACCUGGUACGGUGAGCUCUACUUUGAGCUUCACAGAGGUACAUAUACUACGCAAGCGAACAACAAGAAAGGCAACCGCAAGUCGGAGGUACUGCUACACAACAUUGAGUAUCUCGCGACAAUGGCCACCUUGCAUGACAAGGACUACAAAUACCCAAAGAAGGAAAUUGACUCGAUGUGGGAGAGUGUAUUGCUCUGUCAGUUCCACGACUGCUUGCCUGGAUCUUCGAUCGAGAUGUGCUAUGACGACUCUGACAAAGAGUAUGCGAAGGUGUUCAAGACUGGCCAGAAGGUCUUGCACGAGGCCUUGAAGUCGCUGGGUUUUGUCGAUGACAAAACUGCUCAGCCCGUAGCAAUAAACACCCUGGGUUGGCCACGUACUGAUCAGGAGCUUGUUGGACUCCGCUACCCAGAGGUCGUUGGACAGCCUGCUGGGACACAGACUCUCGUCAAACGCGCUACCGAAGAAGCUUCCGUGAAAGAGCUUGACGAUGGCGCAUUUUCGCUUCAAAAUUCGAAACUGGCAUUGACGGUCGCUGGUGGAGUCAUCACCUCGCUUUACGACAAGGCUGCCGAUCGAGAAGUCCUGCCUAAAGGAGGGAAGGCCAACCAGCUCGUGCUCUUUGACGACAAGCCACUGUACUGGCAAGCAUGGGAUGUGGAAGUCUUCCACCUCGAGUCGCGGCAGGAAUUGAAGGCGACGGGCAAGACUGAGAUUACGGAGAACUCGACUCAGCGCGUGGCGGUGACCACGAAGACGCAGAUCUCUGACAAAUCAUGGAUCAAGACUACUAUCGCGCUGAAUGCGGCAUCGGACGAAGCUGAAACCUCGUAUGUGGAAGUUGAGGCAGAGGUCGAGUGGCACGAAACGAUGAAGUUCCUGAAGGUUGAGUUCCCAACGACCAUCACCAAUACUGAAGCUUCGUACGAAACCCAAUUCGGCAUUAAUCGACGACCUACUCACUACAAUACGUCUUGGGACAUGGCCAAGUUCGAAGUCUGCUGCCACAAAUGGGCUGACUUGAGCGAGUACGGCUAUGGUGUUUCUAUCCUCAACGACAGCAAGUACGGCUUCGCCACGACCGGCAAACUGAUGCGUCUGUCUCUGCUCCGUGCACCCAAGGCACCGGAUGCCCACGCUGACAUGGGACACCACAAGAUUCGCUGGGCGAUUUUACCGCACGCUGGCCCUCUCGAUCACCGCACAGUCCGCGCCGCGGCGGAGUUCAACAACCCGAUGAUUGCUCAUCGUCAUCCAGAAGUUCAAAGCGUGAAGGAACUCUUCUCCGCUUUUAAGUUGACAGCUGAUUCUUCGCCUAGCCUCGUUGUUGACACCGUGAAGCGUGGCGAGGACGAUGCCGAUGUCAGUGUCGACGACCUCCGAGUGAAAGACGGCAGACAUGUUGUGUUGCGAAUUUAUGAUUCACUUGGUGGUACUUCUCGAGGCACGAUUGCGUUGGGACCGAUCAAGGUGCACAAGGCGUGGAAGUCGAAUAUCCUGGAAGAUGAAGAUGAAGAAGUCAAGGUGGGGAAGAAUGGUAUUGGUAUUGAGUUGAGAGCUUUUGAGGUUGCGACCUACAAGCUGCUUGUCGGGUGGGCUUAGGAGGCCCGCCCGACAAAGCAGCUGAGGAUUUCGAACUGGAGUCUCAGUCGAGGAGGCCUGAAGUGAGGACCAGGACAGUGAGUGAGGUCUGGAGGUGUGUAUGGACAGAAUGACGAAUGGAUAGGGGAGCGCACAGCAUUGGAUGGGGUUUCAAAGGGUUGUAUCACUAAACAAAGUUCGGCACCUAAGACGAAACGAUCAUCACACAUGACUCUAUGAAGAAUUCGAAAGACCACCACGAUGAUCCAAUGUGUCGUAGAUCCAUGGCAAGAGAAAUACAGCUACCGAGCCGACCCUGAUGGAGCAAGCUCUAGAAGCAAGAAAGCCAGCAACGCAUCUGCGUCUCUCGUCCCCAGGUAUCCGUCUUCUUGACUUCUACUGCCCAGGCCCCAACCACACCAUCCCCUCCCCUCUCGCGUUCUCCGCUCUUUCUUCGCCACCAA